AAUAAAUCCUUUAUUUCUUUUGUGGCAGUUUCAAGGCUUGCAAAAAGUUUUGGCUCGGUCAUGUUGUUAACAUGAUCUAAUAACCUAAUCUAACUUCACGGUUUUCUAUUUGAGGCAUCAAUUAAUUACCAUUAUUUACAUUUAUGACUGAUAGUUUUUGAUACCAUUAAUGUAUUUUAUUGUAGUAUGUAUUUACAGUAACAAGUUAUUUAUAAUAUAUUCGAACAAAUAUAAAAUGACAUCUUUGCUUGCAAAUAAAUUAGCAAUCAAAUAGAGGUGUUGAACGAUUGUGACGUAUGCUAAGAACAAGAUGGCGAUCGUGACAAGAUGGCGUUGAAUAGUUGAGUUCAACGAGUGGUACAAAUAUUCGUCGCUUCGAAACAAAUAAUUACAUUCAUUUUAUUUUGAGAAAUCAUUAAACUUUUUAAAAUGGGAUCAUCAGAUUUGGAAUAUGUGGAUUAUAAACAUGAAAUACAUAGUGGAGAUGAAGAUGUGGAUCUCAUUGAUCAGAAAAAGAAGAAGAAGAGAAAGCACAAACAUCAUAAACAUAAAAAAGACCGAGCUAUUGAAAAGGAUCGAGAUGACAUAAAAAUUGACAGAGAUAGGAAAAAACACAAAAAACAUAAAAGGCCUCGAAAAGAACGAGAAUCAGAAAAUGGCACUGUUGUGGAAGAAAAAACUAAAAUAAUUGUAAAAGAGCCUAGUAUUAAUGGUAAAGUGGAUGAUACAGUAAUGGAAAUUCCUUCUACUGAAAGUGAAGAUGAAAAACUUGUCGAUUUGGAUUCCGACGAAGUUGAUUGCACAAUAAUUGAAGAUGAUAUUGAUUUAGAAGAAUUAAUGAAACAAAAAGAACGGUUACAAGCUUGUUUAGUGCAAUAUCUUUCUGACGAAUCCGAUAAAGGAGAUAAAGAACUUGAAUCUGAUGAAGUAGUUAAAAGAAGUAUAACUCCUGAUGUAAUUCUCGUUGAGGAUGAUAGUGCGGAAGAAUUAAAACCACACAAGAAACAUCAUAGAAGUAGAAGCGAAAGUCGAGAACGGAAAAAAACUAACAAACUUAAUGAGAGACGUGUAAUAGCUGAUGCUGUUCGUGAUAAAAAAUCUAAACAAGAUUUAAUUGACAAACGACGUGAAAUUGAUAAAAAGCGUGAAGACAAAAUUAAAUCUGAUGAGUUAAAAAAAGAAGAUUUGAAAAAAUCUGAAAAGUCUACAAGAAAAAUCGUUGAUAAAACAAGAGAAGAAGCGAGAAGAGAAGAAUCAAGGAAACGGAUAGAAGAAGAGCGACGUAGAGAGUCUGUAAAAAGAGAAGAAAGAAAGCGAGAUCAUGAGAGUAGAGAAGAAGAUCGAAAACGUGAAAUAGAACAUCAUUUAUCGAAGUCACGAAAUGAUUCUAAAAGUUGUGAUGUAAAAGAAGAAUCUAAGUAUCGAUCAAAACUAGAGAAUCGUGAUCGUCAUUCAAGUAGAGAAAGACAUAGUCGAGAAAGAUUUACUAGUAGGGAACGACUAGCAAGUAGAGAUCGUCAAAAUAGUCGAGAUAAAAGAGAGAGUAGAGAUAGGCAUGUUAGUAGAGAUCGUCAUAUUUCUGCUCGAGAACGAGCUAGCAGUCGUGAUCGUCGAAAUAGUCGGAAUCAUGAUAAAGUUCGUGAACGUUCAAAAAGCUUAAGACGAUCAAGAAGUCCAAUGCGGCAUCGAAGUGAUCGUGAACGAAAUGAUAGAUACAGAAGAUCUCGAUCACUAUCAAGAAGUCGAAGAGAUCGUGAACGGUAUAAUCGAGACGAUAGAGAAAGAGAGAAAAACGGGAAACGAGAACGAGGAGAUAAAUACAAAGAUUCGCUCUCUGAAGGUUUAAAAGUUGAUAGAUCUGACAGUUCAAGUGAAAAUGAGUUACAAGAUAUUGAUAUUGAAGAAGAAGAAGAUGAAGAAGUCAUUAUUGAGAGACGUAGAAAACAAAGAGAAGAAUUGUUAAAGAGACUUGGUGGUCCGACUGAAGAUUCUAAUAUGUCUGUAGAUAUGCCAGUUAAUUCCAAGUCUCCUCGUAAUAAUUCACAACCUAAUUCUGUUGUAAAAACAGAAGAAGUUGUAAAUAAUAAUAAAGAAAUUGUAGAGAGUCAUACUCCACCUUUACCAGAUAAAGAAAAAGUUCAACUGUUGGCAAAAAAAAGAAAGUCAAGAUUCGAUGAACUGCCUAGUGAGAAACAAGAAGAACCACCAGUGAACGAAAAAAAAGAAGAAAAAGUUGUGGUGAAAAAAGCAAAUGAGUGGGAUAUGUUUGCAGAAGCUGAUAAUAUUGGAGAUUUUAAUAGCCCAACGGUUGAAGGAAAGAGAAUAGGUGGUCCAGAAAACCCCAGUUUAACUGACAAUUGGGACGAUGCAGAAGGAUACUACCGAGUUCGUGUUGGUGAAACUCUUGAUAAUCGGUACGUUGUCUAUGGAUACACGGGUCAAGGAGUAUUUAGUAACGUCGUGAGAGCAAGAGAUACAGCUAGAGGAAAUUUAGAUGUUGCUGUAAAAAUUAUCAGAAAUAACGAAAUCAUGCACAGGACAGGAUUAAAAGAACUUGAAAUACUUCGAAAGCUCAAUGAUGCUGAUCCAGAAGAUCGUUUUCAUUGCCUUCGUUUAUUCCGUCACUUUUUUCAUAAAAAUCAUUUAUGUAUGGUUUUUGAACCUCUUGCUAUGAAUUUAAGAGAGGUUUUAAAAAAAUACGGAAAAGAUGUUGGUUUGCAUGUAAAAGCUGUACGCUCAUACACGCAACAGCUGUUUCUUGCCCUAAAAUUGCUAAAACGAGCUAAUAUUUUGCAUGGUGAUAUCAAACCAGACAAUAUUCUAGUCAGCGAAAGUAAACUUGUAUUAAAGUUGUGUGAUUUUGGAUCAGCAGCUCAUGCACAUGAAAAUGAAGUAACGCCUUACCUUGUAUCAAGAUUUUAUCGUGCUCCGGAAAUAAUUCUUGGUAUUCCUUACGAUUUCGGCAUUGACAUGUGGUCUGUCGGAUGUACCAUAUAUGAAUUAUACACUGGCAAAAUCAUGUUUUCGGGGAAAACAAAUAAUCAAAUGUUAAAGUUCUUCAUGGAUCUCAAAGGCAAGAUGCCGAACAAACUCAUAAGAAAAGGAACUUUUAAGGAGCAGCAUUUUGAUUCUAGCUGCAAUUUCCUUUACCACGAGGUUGAUAAAGUUACUGAACGGGAAAAAGUAGUUGUAAUGUCAUCACUUUCUGCAACGCGGGAUCUUGGUGCUGAGCUCGGUGGUAAUUCACUACCUCCAGAGCAAAAUCGAAAGGUCGGUCAGCUCAAGGAUCUUCUGGAGCGUACACUUAUGUUGGACGCCGGAAAGAGAAUAACUGUGAACCAUGCCCUGGCCCAUCCAUUUAUACAAGAAAAAAUUUAGGUAACCCCAGAUCCCGGGGACCUUAUGAACACGGAGUUAAUUUCGUUGAGAAAUAACGUAAAUUUUGUACAUAUUGAACACUCGGUUUGACGAAGCAAUGCUAUUUGACUGAUCGCAAGAUGCUUUUCAUUAAAAACGCAAUUAAAUUGUUGUUUUAUCCGAGUUCUUUUUACAAAUUUUAUCAAGUUAAAUAAUUGAGAUGUUAUUUUUCUACUUAUUGUCACAAAUUUUGCUGUUAUAAAAUUAUAUAGACUAAAUUUCUGAUCAAUUUUUACUGUCAUCUUGAAUCAUUAAAAAUAGUUAAAAGCUUCACGAGCGUUCAACAUCUCUUAUAAAUUAUGUGACACAAUUCUUGAGUGACUGUGUUAUGCAUUCUCAAAGAUGGAAUUAAAACAAUUUAGAUGAAUUGUUGGUAAAUGUACCAUAAAAAAUUAUAAUUGUACAUUAUUAAUUAAUUUUUUAAAUCACUGGCUAGACAGUCACUUUUUUAUUUCUUAGUUAGAUAAAUAUUUUAAAGAGAACGAAAUAUAGAUUUAAUCUAUACUAGGUACACGCGUUUACACAAUCAAUUUUCAAUACACAAUCAUUUUCAUAUAAUAAUCAUUUAUAAUUAAUUAAUUAAUUUUCAACCUCAUGACGAUUGACAAAAAUAGGAAAAAUAGUUGAAAUAAAUUUAUGACAGGAAUUUGGUGUACUAACAAAUCAAGAAAAAAUUGUAUAGUAAAUAGGAUGACUGUAGCUGAAAUAAAACAAUUAAUGCUUGAAAGAUUCAUAUACGGAGAAGGUUUAGGAAGUAAACAAAAGCCCCGAAUUCAAAUAAGUUGUUUCAUUUUAUUUAUAUUUAUUUACUCUUAUUUAAUUUAAUAUUUAUUGUCUUUACAUCAUAUAUAUUGAAUACAAUAACAGCACGGAUAACACUUUCUUUUAAUGCUUUCUUAUCGUAAAAUACCUUUUUCUUUUUUUUUUUAAAUUAAUGUCUAUGCACAAUUACUAUGUUAUAUCCGAGCUGUUACGAUUCCUAAAAAAAACCUGAUACCUGCUAUGUUUUUGCCUGGUAAUAAGCAAGAUUGUACGAGGCUGCUUAUGUUUCAGAUGAGUCUUCAAUUAAUUCUCCAAUGACGAUUAAGUGUGCGGGCGGACUUAGCAAGGGUUACUAGCACCGAUCCCGUUGCAAGCCCUCCCUGAAAGGAGGGGAGGCUGUGGAUGAGGAAUUCAGGAGUGAGAACUUAUUACCACGUCUUUGAUGAUUCGAGAUCCAACCAAAGGCCAACUACUGAAAUUACUUCGAAUGAAUCGUCCCUCAAAACACUUAUGUAGCGCAGGUUUGUCCAAUUAUGACGUUUAUAUUUCGGAAUUUUGUAAGUAUUCUCGUGUACAGGUAAGCCAUAUUUGAUAUUUAUAGUGAAAAUACUUAGAGAAUUUCCCGUCAGGUAUAAUUUAAAAGUCACAAUGUUGGUCUAUAAUAUGUUAAUUUGAUUUAUAUAAGGUAAAAUGAAAUUAAGUUAUUCACAUAAACUGAUAAUUGUGACUUAAAAAAUAUACCUGAACGUUGUUGUAUAUGAUCUAAUUAUAGUAAUUAUGAGUUUUCAGAUCAAUAUACGUAUAAUGGAAAUGUUAUUGUUUACGGGAUUAUAUAAUUGCUAUAAUUUACAUAGUAAAAAGCAAUUAGCUGCAUACUAUAAAAUGUUUCAUAAGAAAUGAAGUCGGCGUUGGAUUUUCAUUACAAGUAAAUACGAUUUGGUUAUUCAGCUUUUUUUUUAAUAACUUUAUUGAAGUUGAAUCGCGCACUCACAUAAGUAUGGUAUUUUGAAAUAUCCAAGUACAAGGAAAAUUGAAUAGUUUUUUUUUUACGAAGAAUCAAAAAAAUCAGCAACCACAGU